UUAAUUUAAUUUAAUUUAAUUUUUUCCAACAAUUGUUCCCUUAUAAAAAAUUUGUUAGAGAUAUAAUGCAGUUUGAAUUGAGUCACACAAUAAAACGUAUGAAAUAAUUUAUAUUUAUCCGUUUGACGCGUACUGCAAGGUAAUGUAAUUAACUAUAAUAAUGUCUCAUGAAGCUUCUCGCGUGCUUUUCAAAUAAAUUGAAAUUAUUCUAAAAAUGUCAGUAUAUUCUACGGAUUCACUAGAAAAUAUUAACGAAAUUUCACCAAGAAAUAAUAUUUUACACAAAAACAUUAUUGGAUCUAACCUGGUGCCAACCAAAACAUUGAUUUUUGAUUUAUUCCUUAAGUCGUCACUUUCACCAAAAUCUAUUGCUCCAUCAUUAUCUCAGAAACAAGGCAAGAGUAAUAAAAUAUAUAUCGGAUCUAAUGAAACCACGCCGAGUACCGACAAAGACACGAGGACAGUCGGCAGCAAGAAUGCGAUAAUUGUGAACAGAAGACCCGUCGACGCGUCCAAGCGACGACAUCCGACGUCUUUGGAGAACGGAAAACGAGACGUCGUGGAUCGUCUUAAGAGAAACAAUAAAAAUGGUUCAAAUCGAGAGAAGAAUGACAUCGAUAAGAAACUCGAUACAAAAUGUUCAAAACGGUUUUCGAAGGUCUCCCAAAUGAAACAAAACUAUAAUUCUAAAGAUAGUUCAAUAUCUAUGAAACCGAAUAAAAAGCUUGGAAAUGUGCUCGCUCCGGUGGUUCAGCAGGCGAGGAAAUCAUGCUCCUAUUUGGAGCUCUAUCGUCGGAAAUUCAGUGGACCACAAUACAACGUUCGAUCCCCGGAGGGUUCCACCUUGUCGGUUUGCGGGGACAGCGAACGAGAGGAGCUCAGUGACAACGAUAUACGUACGUUGUCUACCCCUAGGGACGAUCAAAGCGAGUUGAGUUUUUAUAGGCGUAUAAUCGAGGGAUCUAUCAAUCCUCUGGCCUCUGAAAACCGAUCCUCUAAAAUUGUGGAUCAAUCAACGUUUCAAGAUAUCUUCCCCGAUUCGAACACAGUUAAGCAGAACACGUCUGACGAUAAAUCGAGGAAGAAUCUUGGUUACAAGCCAUAUACCAUAGAAGAAUACAGGGCUUUGUCGAUACCGAAACUCGAUCGAUCUCUUGGGCCCGAUAAAGUUGAGAUGCAAGCCAAGAGAGAGUGGCUGAUGCGGCGAAGGUCAUAUGGGAACUCAGUUAGCGCGCGUAAUCGCCAACGGAUAUUGCUGCAAACGCACAGGCUUAAGUUGAAGGAUACUGUCGCUGAAAAAUGCUUUCUGCCUCCUUUGAAGAAUCGGGAGAUCGAUACAAAGAUUCAAGAUUAUUCGAUACCUUUAACGAUAUUUGAGGACGAGGAAAUUAAUCUGAAGGAAAUUAAUAGCGAUAUGAACAGCGAUAGAUAUUCAAAGAAAAGUCGCGAUGCUUGCAAAAUAUCAUUGUCAAGAAAAUCUAAGAAAUUCGAACGAAUGCCAAGUUUCUGUUCAUCGUUAAAUUCUCACGACAUCAUUGAAGAUUCAUAUUUGGAAUCUUUGAGGCAAUGCCAUUUUUAGGAAGGAAGAUAGAGGCACAAGGGUCAUAGUGGAUUCCAGCCACUAAGGCGACACUUAUACAUUCAGUCACGCAUAACUAUGUAUACUUUUCCAUUCAUACCAGCAACUAGACCAUAUGAUACACCAGGGAAUGCACGAACCGGUAGGCGAAUUCAGAAAUUAUUCAACGGUUUUUGACGUCUCGAGUACAUGGCAGUGCCAGAAAUUCUAAGCCAUAUUAAGACUUCACUGGGCAAACCAAGCAGACCAUUUUUAUCCGCAAUCAUCCACUGAAUUAUCCGGAUGAAAAGAAUUUAGCGAUUAUAGAGAUCAAAGAACUACCACUCUUGUUUAAUACAUUUAUUUAUUGGGACGGUCUCAUGAAUAUAUAAUCUCGGAUUUGUAUGAAGUUAACUUUGUGAAAAGUUAAAAAAAAGAAAAAACUUACGAAAA